AUGGCAUUGUGGCGGUUGUACAUAAAAUAACAUCUCAAUGUGUUGCAUCAUUUUAAAGUGUAUUAGCCACUCGGCCAGAGCUGUUUUUCACACGAGGGAAAUAUAAAAAUGAAGAACUUGUAGAAUGGGACAUAUAAAAUACUUCGUUUGUUCUCAAAUUGUUACAUUUUUGCAAUGAUAUCAGUUGAAGUUUUUGUUAUUUUGAUAAAUUAUUAAAGAACAGAGUUAUAUAUUGCAGUAAAAACCAAUUAUUCAUUGCCAGUCUGUUAAUAAUUCGAAUCUGUAAUUAAUAUAGGCCAAAUAUUUGUAGCCCUUAAUUACAUAUUUCAUAAUCCACAAACAAGUAUUCUUAGAAAAUCUGGAAUAAUUUUCUUAGCUAUUGAAAAAUAUUUUACAGAAUAAAAUCAGGAAGAAUAAACUUUGUUUUAAUUCUAGGUGUAAAAAAAACUUGUCUAAUGAACAUUUGAAAAAUGAAUUUCAAACGAUUUGAAAUUUCAAACGAUUUGUGAAAGAUAAAACGAUAUUAUAAAGAGCUAAAACUGUUGUAUAUCUUUGCAAAGUUUAUAUUUUUAGAAAGAUAGUUUAUCAGACGAUAAUUAAACAUUGAUAUGACAUAUGAACUGAAUUGAAAACAUUUCUAACUUUAAAGCAAUCACUUUUGUUUAUUGUGAAUUUCAAAAGCUCCAAGCUGUUCUCGACCGGUGAAACGACUUGUUUGCUAGUAAGGAGUCCCGAUGUGAUUCGAUGCUCCGGAAGGUGGGGAUCUUCCCAGAGGAUGGAAAAAAAGGAUCGACUCCUUGACAUCCCCUGCAGAGUUUGUGGUGACAGAAGCUCAGGAAAACAUUACGGAAUCUACAGUUGCGACGGCUGUUCUGGGUUUUUCAAACGAAGUAUUCAUAGAAAUCGUGUCUAUACUUGUAAAGCUCAAGGCGAUUUAAAAGGAAAGUGCCCCAUAGAUAAAACACAUAGAAACCAGUGCAGGGCCUGCAGACUUAGGAAGUGUUUUGAAGCUUGUAUGAACAAAGACGCGGUCCAGCACGAAAGAGGACCACGAAAACCUAAAUUUAAAGACAAUUCAGACGGACCUAUCAAACCGAAUCACCAUCACCACCACCCGAUACAACUAGGGCACCCGCUCACUCAUCACCACCGACUCAGCGCCCCGGCACAUCACCACCACCACCAGACCUACACAGCCAAACUGGCAUUCGACAUGUCGAAGCUGCCUUCUUCGCUGGCCGCAGCCGCUGUUGCAGCUGCAGCAGCCGGGGCUGACGGAGGCGGUUCCGGGUUAUUCGGUUCGCCGCCCCCACCCAAGGAUGCUGCCUCGUCUGCUGCGGCCGCCUUCCUUGGGGCGUCCUCCGCAGGGCUCCUCCAGAUGCUACUCAACGCCGAAAAGUCUCAAGAACUGAUAUGGAACAGCGUGAAGCUCAGCGCCCUUGGAGGAGGGGUCCUCUCCAAAUUGCCAGAACAUCCACAUUUCGCUGGAUUCCCUCCACCGCCGCCUCCCCAUCCUCUGUGUCCCCAACUGAUGUCUCCACCACCCUCAUCAGAAUCGUCAGGAGGAAAUGGUGGGAGGAGUAGUGGGGGACUUUUGGGAUUUGGAGGGGGACAAUUGUCCUCUAAUAGGGAAUCUGUUCAAGAGAUUACGGCUAGACUACUGUUUAUGGUCAUCAAAUGGGUCAAAUGCUUGCCUACAUUUCAAACUUUGACAAAAACUGACCAGGUCAUUCUCUUAGAAGAGUCCUGGAAGGACCUGUAUCUUCUAAAUAUGGCCCAAUGGUCAGUCACUCUAGACUUGUUGGGAACACUGCCCAGACCUCCUCUGGCACUGACCAGGGCUUCAGCGGAACAGAAGAGUGAGGAGACUGCGCAUAUGGUGGACAUGCACUACGUUCAGGAGGUCAUGCGGAGGUUUCGCCAGCUCUCUCCAGAUGCAACAGAGUGCAGCUGCUUGAAGGCUAUAGUCCUCUUCAGACCUGAAACUGUCGGCUUGUGUGAUGUGCAUCCUGUGGAAAUGCUCCAGGACCAGGCUCAGUGCAUUCUGGGAGAUUAUGUACGUCACAAAUAUCCUCGACAGCCAACUCGUUUCGGGAGACUUCUCCUGUUGAUUCCAUGCCUGAGGGCUGUGAGUUCUCAAGCAGUCGAGAAACUGUUCUUCAAGGAUACCAUCGGCGAUAUUCCCAUUGAAAGACUCAUUGGAGAUAUGUAUCAUAUGGAAAGAUUAGACUAAAAAGAUUUUCUCCUUACAAAUGCUGUAAUUAUUCCUUUCAAAAAAAAAGUUUCUGCAUAAAUGUGAAUCCUCAACCUUCUCCGAUGCAUCAGUUGGAGAUGAUCACAAUCAGGCGUUGAUACGCUCUAAGAACUGUUAAGCCAGCUUCUGUUGAAUUCUGAAAAUUAAAUGUAUUGAAUAAGAAAGUCAA